GCAAGAAAAGAAGGAGACUAGCUAUCGGUCGCGAUUAUUUCGAUGCUGCGGUUUUCCCGCGUGCCCGGGGUUAGGUGCCAUAUUCGAGAGCGGGUUUAGAUUGUAUGGCUGAAGGGAAAAGAGACGGCUUUUGUGACUGAUCAUGGAUUUAAUACGUAUGAUUUUGGAGAUCAUAGAGCUGUUGUUUGCCCACACACUCCUUCCCAUUGGCUGGUUUGAAUUCAGUCCACCAUCUGUUACUGGAGCACCCUGGAAAGGAGGGGGUAAUUUGGGUCAACUUUCCAAAAGGCGGUAGAGGAUGUAAUAUAUCUCGUCACAGAGGUGUAGUGACGUCACUUCGUGGGUUGUGAGGGUAUCUGACGUCACUCCCUGAGUGCCUAAUGAAAUCCCGGUCAGGGGAAUGAGGGCCGGCUAAGAGAACUAAGAACCAGGAGGGACAACAUCUGCAGUGUGAAUUAAAUGUCAUUGUUCAAUGACCAGUUGACUUCAUUGGGCAGCUAUGGGCAAAAAUUGUGUUUGGAACCAAUGUCUCUGAAAUCAGGUCUGUCACCAGCCACCCAAUAACAAGGUGAUAUGUCCAACAAGAACUCAGCAGGCUGUGAUUCAGAAAGUGAAUGUGAUUAUUAUUCUGAGUGCUGGGAAGAAAGUAGUUACAAAGACGUGGAUGACUCUAAUGAUGAAAGUGAUCUCUAUCUCUGCUGUCAUCAAACUUUUUCAUGCAGUUCAUUUGAAAGAGAGAAUGGAAAAAGGAAAUUAAGUGAAAUUGUACUGAUCUCAGAAAAAAACCAAACCAACUUUACAAAUUGUUGCAAAAACUGCCCACUUUUACAAGCACGAAAAUUAGAGAACACCAAAGACUUUCAAGUGGAAUUAUCUUCAGAGUGCAUACUGCAAUUCACAUUUGAAGGCCAUCAGACAAGUGAUUAUCCAUCUAGAGCUUAUUCAUGUGACAGAUCUUGUCAAGAUAUUUUGUGUUUAAGUAGUGGAAUCCCUCAUAUUACCAUUACUGAGAAGUCAGUAAAGCAGCCAACCUUCUAUACAGUUAAGGAACUAUAUCAGAAGCAGACACUAGCUGACUGCCUUGUAACUUCUAGCCACAAGAAAAGUGUGCAGGUUUCUUGUACAGAAAGAGAAGUUUUGGAAAAUAUUGAAUGUAAAUGUUUCAAACGAUCAUUAGUACCUGAUGAAAUAAAUAAAACACCAGUCAAGGAACCAUGGUAUCAUGGAAGUAUUUGCAAUAAAAACAGAACUUCUAGUCAACUGAUAACAGAGUCUUUAGAUUAUUCUUCAGAAACACUGGACAAAACUAAUAGUCCACAGACACCUGAAUGUAUCUGCUCUUGUGCCAGUUCAGGAGGUCUCAUUAUCUCUCUAACAUUGGAAGCAGCUUAUCCAACUGAUCCAUUAGCAGGCAGUAUUACUACUACAGAAGCUAAGUUGGGCACAAAAGAUUCAAGAAGGCAUGCUUUAGCUUUUAAAUUUAAGGGCCCUGAACAAAAUCAGCUCUUUCAGAAACUGUAUAUUUCUGUCAUUCCAAACUCUGUGCACUUAAACACAGAAAGUCUAAAGCAGACCACACAUUGUACAAAGCAAACAGGACUUCCACAAAUCCAAGUUCAUGAAGCCAGCCAGCCUCUGUCAACUCAGACAGAUUCAUCAGAAUCCAGUAGCUCUGACUUUUAUCCUUAUCAAGUGCCAUUUACACUGAAACCUCAGGCCUCCAAUUUGUCUUUUUUAUCUUCUAAGCAAACUCAUGUCAAGGUCCUCAGGCCCAUGAAAUCGAUUGUGUUUCCCAAAAACAAAGAAGUGCGUGAAGACCAAAGAAUUAAAAACCAAUCCUCCAAAUUUCAUUGGUGCACAACUUGGGAUAUUGAAUCUAUAAACCACAGUAUUCAUAAUUAUAAACCAAUAGAAGAACUAGAAAUAAAUGAACUGUAUUAUGUGCCCCAGACACAGAUCAGUACAUGUCAAUGCAGUCCAUUGCUUGAUCUGAGUGUUAAUUUGAACUCUGAAAGGCGAUAUUCUGCCACUGAGAAGCAAUUAGGUAUUAACAGAAAACUUUACAAAAGAACUAGAGGUGCCAAAGUAAUGCCUAGAUUUUCCUCCCAAUACCUCCUAAAUCCCAGAAGUAGUUUUGAGAGGCUUUACUACAUCUCACCAACAAGAAAGAAAAAUCAUUUGAAGAUGAAAACUAUACUGGGUCAUUGUUUGGGAUGUAGCGGAGGACAGAACAGAAAUGAGAGCUGCAAGGAGAAGAUUUGUCCCAUUGUAGAUAGUUCAGAUACAAGAGGCCAUGGGCUUUUCACCCCACAUCUCUCAACUGAUGUACAUUCAACUGCCCCACUUUUUGCAAGCUCGUGGAAUAGUCCAGCUCUACUUCCCCAUGCAGGGCCUGUUCCAAAUGAGAGGAGACAUUCACCUAUUCCGUGUAUGCAAAGACCAACUGGAAGUCCUGCUGCAUUGUGUUCUCUUCAAAACAAGAGGUGGCAAUCACCUCCUUGUUUACAAACUGAAAGAGAUACUUAUCCUGUGGCAUUGUAUUCUCUUCCGAAUGAGAGAAAGUAUUCACCUGCUCCUUGUUUGCAAACUAAGAAAGAGAACUGGCAUUAUCCUGAUGGAAAGUGCCAUGACUCUUGUUCUCCUUGUGCAAAUAAUGUUAAUGUAGUGCAGCCAUGGAAGGAAAGGAAUGUGUUUAACAUGGAAGAAGUGGAUUCUGAUGCUGCCCAGGUGGUUUGUGGAGACUUAGCCCUGAAGAAGCUUUUGGUUUGCCCAUGUGGAAAUAUGCCACAAUAUGGCUUGUUCCCUAAUGGAGAUAUCUCUCAGCCAGUCAGUACAAAAGCUAAAAAAAGUCCUGAUACUACACAGAAAACAAGCCUGAUCAAAUCAGAUGCCACAGACUACCCUAGAGGAACUUUUAACACCAUGGAAACCUGCUGUUCUAAAUGCCAUCAUCUAUUCCCAUCCCAUUCUAUGCACAGCAUAUGCAGACAAGAAACUUUAAGAAGCCAGUUUGCUAAAGCACAGUCCUACUUUGAGUAUGGAUUUCCCAUGAAGAACCUGAAAAAAGACAUUGUGCAGAAAACUAAAGAAGCAAAAACAGUUGAAAGAAAAAAUGUCAGGAUUCAUGCAAGGCCAGGCACUUCCCAACAAACUGGCCCACUGUCACCUUCUAGGGAUGGCUACAGUGGGCUGAAUUAUGCUGUGUAUGAACCUAAAUGCUGCUCACACUGUCCAACUGUUGUUAAACAACUUCAUGGCACAUCAAGGGAAGCACCUACCAGUUUCAGCUCAAAACAUAAACUGCUAGAGAAUUGUCUGAACAAACAAGCUUUUCUAUUAGAACCUUGCAAGGAGACUAGAACUCGGUGCACAUGUUCUCAAGAAAUCCCUCUUUUCUGUGUGGACCAAACUAAUAUAUAUGAGAGAAACAGAGCUGUACUUCCCAAGAGAAUGGAUUCUGGAAAUACGCAGGAUUCUCUGCAGAUUCAUCACAGCUGGAAAAGAAAUGAUAAAAGUCAUCAGUGCUGCCGAGACAAAGUUCAGUACAGCCAUCUACAAUGAGAAAGGCAGUGUUAAAAAAUAAAGGAAAUAUCCAUGUAUGUCAGAAUGUCUAUUUCAUAAUCUCAAUAAAGUAACACAAAGCGCAGUAA